UGACAAAAUCACAUGGCGCCAGUCCUGGUCGCUUUUUUUUGACAGACAGUUGUGCCCCAGGAAACUUGUUAUUUGCCCUCCAAAUAUCUGUUUGGAGGUUUAAGAACGCGCCUGAUCGUGACGUAUGAGUUCAAAGUUCAUCUAACGUUGAAGUUGGCGCGAGAAUGGCGGAGGCAAUACUCAGUCAGAUUUCAGGCGACUUUCUGGAGUGUGCGAUCUGCCUGGAGCCCUUUAAGGACCCCAAGAUCCUGCCGUGUCUUCACACCUUCUGUAAGGGCUGUCUUGAGAAGUUCUUCGCGAACGAAGGCGACUUGAAGGGGAAGUUUCCGUGCCCAACGUGUCGGACCGAAACCGCGCUUUUGGAAGGCGGGCUCGCCGGCCUCAAAGACAACUUCUUUGUCCUGAGCUUGAGGGACACAGUAGAGGCUCAAAAAAUUUUGGUCAGCAAGGAAGACGACAACAUUCUUUGCGAUUUUUGCGAAGUAGAUGAAGCAAGCGUUGGCUGUGAGAUCUGUGAGGAGUUUCUCUGUGAAGAAUGUACUGAUGCACACCGUCGAGGCAAACGUACUCGCGAUCAUGAAGUCAUCGGCGUGGCAGAGCUAAAAGAAAAGCUACUCGCCAGCACGCGUUCCAUCAAGACACGAUCACUGCCGAUCUGUCCAAACCACGAAGACGAGAAGUUGAAAUUCUUCUGUGAGUCGUGCCUGCGCCCCAUCUGCCGAGAUUGUACGGUACUGCAGCACAAGGACCACAAGUACGGCUACCUGGCGAACGUCGUAGGUGACUUCAGGGUAAAGAUCAAGGACACACUAGAAGCUGCCAAGCCAAAGGUCGAUGAGUACCGAGAAAUUUCAAGUGUCCUAGCUAACAAGCAAGCUGAACUGGAUGCCAAGAAUAAAAAAGCCACGGAUGGCAUCUCUUCAGCUGCGGAAGAAGAGAUCAAGUAUUUGACUGGACUUGUCAGAGCCAAGCAGUCAGAACUUGAAGAACAGUUAGCGGACGACACAGCAUCUCGUUCAAAACAGCUAUCCGUUACAUCAGACAGUGUUGAGAGCACCUUAGGCUGUCUGUCCAGCACAGUGGACUUCUCACAGAAAGUCGUUGAGCAUGGCAGUGACUUUGAUGUCAUGAACGUGUACGCUGACGUCACGGCACGGCUGGCAUCUCUACUGAAGUGUCCAGUUCCAGACAUUCCCGAUGACAUCAGUGAUGUCACGUUCCAGCCUCAAAAGAAGAGGAAAGCAAAGCAAAUCAACCUUGGAAACAUUGUUGGUGCAACCUCCAGCAUUACUGAUCAACCAACUGCUGAAGACCAAACAGUACAGGACGAGACUAGUAUCAGUAUGAAAUUCACCACCCUGGGUGCCACGGGCCGCCUGGGCCCCACUACCCUGGGGAACUACUACAAGGGACAGCAGUACGAACACCUGGUGACGCUACAUAAUGGGAUACAGCACUUCUCUGUACCAGAGACAGGAACCUACACCAUAGAGGCAGCGGGAGCUGCUGCAGGGUGGGGUCCAUUUGACCCUAAGUCUGCCCGAGGACGUGGUGCUGUACUGAGGGGAACAUUCAAAUUCCAACAAGGUGAAGGUCUGAGGAUUCUGGUUGGACAAGAAGGUGCUGAGAACAAGUCUGGAGCAGGUGCUGGUGGAGGGGGUGGUACAUUUGUCAUCAGUGCACUACAGAACAAGCCACUCAUUAUUGCCGGGGGUGGGGGAGGAGGGGCAGGGUUACAGACUCAUAACCCCCUGUGUGACGGGACUGUGUCUGAAGCUGGUAACCAAAGUUAUGGAGGAACUGUGAGUUUGGGAAGUGCUAAUGGUUAUGCAAAUAGAGAUGGUGGAGGAGGGCUGAAGACAAAAAGGGACAGUUAUUUUAGUGAUGGAGAGGGUGGGAUAGGUGGGAAGUCAUUUUACAGUGGUGGGGUUGGGGGACAGGGCACAUAUAACAAUGCUGAUGGUGGGUUUGGUGGAGGGGGAGGGAGUUAUGGGUUUGGUGGUGGAGGGGGUGGGGGUGGUGGGUACUCUGGGGGAGGCAAGGGAGAUCUCUGUUUGGAAAGUGGUGGAGGAGGGGGAGGUUCCUUUAACUCUGGUAAAGACAGUAGUGGUCAGAAUGGGGCAAAUGAUGGACCUGGGUACGUGGUCAUUACUAAACAGAUCCUCAAGUAA